AUAAGGUGUCGAAAUUAAUUGAUAUUGAUAAUUGUCCAAGACAGUGAGUUUAAUUCGAGUCGUUGUGAUGUGUUCCCAGAUUAAUAUGGUGUCUAUAAAAAGAUUAGGACUCGCCGGAUCCUGUACGUUCUCCAUUGGACUUAUUAGUUAUAGCUUGGGAUUUCCUUCUAUGUUAAAAAUGCAAGUUAAAUCUCAAGUUAGACUGAAGAAAGGAAAUGAAAUUCGCGGUUUCUGGGAGAAACUCCCGCAACCGCUGGAUUUUAAUAUCUAUGUCUUUAAUGUAACAAAUCCUAGUGAAGUUUCAUCGGGAAUGAAACCGAUUGUUCAAGAACUAGGACCUUUUCAUUACGAUUUGUUUCGAGAUAAAGAAGAUAUCGUGGACCGAGAGGAAGACGACACUGUUGAGUAUAGUUUGCGACAAGUUUGGUAUUUUAAUCAGGAGAAGAGUAUCAUGUCGGAGAACACAGAAAUUUAUUCGUUUCAUCCCCUCAUGAUAGCAUUAAUCUUGUUUACUCAACAAGAAAGACCAAAGGCAAUGGGAAUAAUUAGUAAAGCGCUAGACAGUAUUUUCAAUAAACCCGAGUCGAUAUUUAUUAAAACCACCGUAAAAGAGCUGUUCUUUUACGGUAUAUCUUUCGAUUGCACGGAUGUAAAAGAUUUCGCUGGAUCCGCAGUCUGCAGUGCAUUGCAGGAAAAGGAAGACAUAUUAAUCAAGGAGGUUGAUUUACGCUAUAGAUUUGGUUAUUUUGCUAAGACAAAUGGAAGUCGUUUGCCGAAUCGCAUAAGAGUAUAUCGCGGAAUCAAGAAAUCUGAAGACGUGGGUCGUGUGCUAACAAUAGGAAAUGAAACGAAGAUGGACAUAUGGUCAGGUAGCCCUUGCAACGAUUUUCGUGGCACGGACGGAACUAUCUUUCCGCCAUUUCUCACUAAGGAAAAAAAAGUCUGGGCACACUCCAUAGACAUCUGUCGAAGUAUCGGCGCGUACUAUGUUGAACCAGGAAAGAUUCAAGGUUUCAAAACGCUGCACUAUACGGCGGAUCUAGGGGAUCCCUCUAAGGACGAGAGUGUGAGGUGUCUCUGUCAGGAAUCCGAAGGUUGCAUGCCUAAAAACAUAUACAACGCGGGUCCUUGCCAGAAUGUGCCUAUAAGAAUAAGUCUACCUCAUUUUUACGAUUCGGAUCCACGAUAUCUUGAGAUGAUCGAAGGAAUAAAUCCCGAUCCUGAGAAGCAUCAGAUGACUUUUGAUUUUGACGCGAUGACAGGCACCCCGAUAAAGGCGUACAAAAAGAUUCAACUCAACGUAAUGGUUGGACCCAUUGCUAAAGUUAAAUUGAUGAAAACUUUUCCGGAAGCUCUUUUCCCAUUAUUUUGGAUAGAGGAUGGACUUGAACUCGGGGAUAUUCUUAUAAAACCACUGAAAGUUGCAUAUACACAGAUUUUAGUUGCAAAGAUAAUAAUGUGGCUCAUGAUACUAGGUGGUAUAGGCAUGAUGAUAACUGCCGGAGUGAGAUAUUAUAAGGAAAAUAAUGCUGCAGCGCCGGAUCUUUUGCCGGGAAAGGAGAGCAAAGCGUCAGAGCAAGAGAAAUCAAACAUCAGUACUAUACAAGUUGGAGUGCCACCCAGCAUUGAUUAACAGGGAGUUGUAAUUAUUAUUAUGUGAACAUUGAAGAAGAUAAGAGGCGUUAUUGAUUGCGUAAUAUCGAUCGCGACAUGUCAAAAAUAAUUUAGAAGAUGUUUAAUAUUUUGAUAAUAUUUUGACGAUAAUAUUUACUUCAGUUUUUUUAUUAUUAUUUUAUCAUUAGAUCGAAGUAAUAUAUCCGUAAUGGAAACA